UCUUUGAUGGUCUGCUACAGGUUUUCAUUUUCUCACGACUGCGAUAACUAAGCAAACAGUCUUUUUUGCAAAGCUGUCAUUCUACACUCAUUUUCAAGACACAAAAUUACAUCACACUUUAGCUGAAGGCCACUUCAGAGGCAUAAAUGAGCUGGCUGAGGCUCCAACAACUACUACUGCUGCUACUGCUGCUCCCAUCACUACUCUUACUGCUGCUGGGUUAUUACAAUGAGGGCUGCCAUCUCACUGCUGGUGCUGCUGUUCUCCAUGCGUGGAGCUUUGACUCAGAGCUUCCAGGCAGGGAUCCAGAGCGCUGGGGACAAGGCUUCUGCUGAUUCUGCAGAAGAUGCUACUCCUGCUGCUGUUGACGCCCCUGGACAGCUGGACGUCUCUGCCGAGCUGAAGGAACUCAGAGACAUGGUGGUGGAGCUCCGCAUCACUCUACGUCUCACUCAAGAUGAGCUAACGGCCACUCAAGAUGAGCUAAAGGUCACCCAGGCUGAGCUGACUACAGUUAAAACCCGACAGAUCACGAGCGAGGCUGAGAUAUCAACUCUGAAACAGCUGACCACUGAGCAAAAAGCCGACCCCACACAAGCUGAAGCAAAGCUGAACAUGUUAGAUGUUUUGGAAAACCCCAAGGUGGCUUUCUCUGUCGGACUGCUGGAGUCACAUGGUGAAAUUCACGCAGAUUUAGAUGACAUGGACUUAGUGUACAGUAAAAUCUUUACCAACAUUGGAGAGGCCUAUGACGAGAUGACCGGGUUCUUCACAGCGCCAGUUAAGGGGGUUUAUUACUUCAGAUUCACAGGCACAUAUUACGCAAACAGAUACGGCAUUGGACUUAUGAUGUAUAAGAACGAGGAGAAGGUCAUGUAUCUGUAUGAUUAUAAAACUGAUGGACGGUUUGCCUAUCUCUCCAGUGGCUUGCCUAUGCAGCUAGAGGCAGGAGACAAAGUCCACAUGAGACUUCAAGGAGCCAGCAGGAUCUAUGACGACGAGGAUAACCAUAGCACCUUCAGUGGCUUCCUCAUCUUCCCUUUGUGAGGUGCAGACAGUACCUCAACCACAUGUUAACAGAGUACACUUUGAAUAAUGUGUCAGUAGUACA